GCCCCCACCAGGGGAAUUCCGCCCAAUUCCGACCAAAGCCAGAGCGGCAUUGGCCCUUGACCUAAUCCAGUUCUUGCCGGCACGUGGAUGCAUGUGACUUAUACUACAUUUGGCCGUGCACCCGCCUAGUACCUCGACUCCACCACCCGCGCCGCGCUACGGACGACCAUCCCGGUCAUCAUACACUUCCCUUAUACAUACCUCCCUAUUCCCCAGGAUCGAGGGUCCGUGGGUUCUUAAAUGCGGGGGAUGAACGGUAGCAUGGAGCAGUCACCGCCGCAAAACAUCAUGCCCGGUCUGCACCGUGCACCAGUAGACUCCGGCUCGCUGCCGCCCGAGUACUGGAACAACUUCGAGCCUUUGUAUACGAAUCCCGACCCCCCACAUCAGCAUGCCCAUCCCCCCCAGCAACAGCUCCAGCAGAUUCAACCAGCACCGCAGCAACAGCAACAUCCGACAUCCCUGGGCAUUAACUGGGAUCAUCCGUUUAUCAAUCAGACCACCCAAUCCCGGAGUCCGUUACCCACACCCCAGGAACAGGGCCAUGGCAUAUACUCGACGGCGUCUCCUCAAUCUUGGCGACCUAAUCCACUUCACUCUCAGCAAAUCAUUCAUCCGGCGCAACCUACGUUCUCCGUAAACUCUCAGUACCGCCAGGCUCAAUUCUCUCACGCGCAGCCCGCGUUUGAUUCACAGCCACUUGCCUCCUCGGACAAUUCGCAUUAUCAGUCAUAUUAUCCACGAGUUUAUUAUCCCCCUCAAAAUCUUUCGGUCCCAGAUGUGUUUCCUCAAACCCAUUCUCCUCGACCGGCCCAGGCACAACCGCAACCAACACAGUUUAGGCCUGACUCUCACCAGCACCAACUCCCUCAGUACACGCUCCCGACAGGCUACCCGGAGGGAACUACGCAUGUUCCGAUCAACUAUGCUGGCGGAUAUGCUCAGUCUACCCCGACUGUGUCGGACCAGACCAUUAACCCACAAUUCCUGAAUUCCUCACAACAGACUGCUAACCAACAAGCACCCCUCCAUAAUAAUCUUAUAUACAUGAAUCCGGCUGAUUUUGACCGGCCGGACGAUCCAAAGCUGUACACGUUUUAUCGGGAUGAGCUGCAAAUACCGCCAAGUUUGGGCCAGGGCCAAACCCCGCCCGCCGUGCGUAACAUUGCUCCGGCUACUAAAUAUGAGUUCAUCAUGCCAAUGAAUGGUCAAACCCCCGUCACUGCUGCCGCAGCAAUGAAAGCAACCAAACCCAAGAAACAACCUAGCUUGAAGAAACAGGCACAGAGCCAGUCGAAGAAACCCACGAUGAAAGGGGGCAGCAAAAAGCUGGACGGGAAGUCUGCGUCGUCGAGUUCUGAGACAGAUAGCUCGGACGACUCAGACCUCGAGAUUCAGGCCCCCGAAGAGCCGUCUCCCAUUCCAGCCACUCGUCCUAAAGAACCCGAGGCUGCUGCCCAAUAUGAUGCGAUGAAGGCUGUGUGGUCUCCACGUAAUAGGCGGCCCAAUGUUGACAAAGUCAAGAGUGCACUGGUUUCGUUCAAAGACGUUGUCAAGACCGUAAGAGAUGCGUGGAAAGAAAGCACUCAAGCCAUGAAGGUCGCGGAAAAUAAGGGUGAUAAUAACAAAGCAGCGCAGCUCAAGACGGAUGUCAUCCUUCAACGGCGCCUUAUGGAUGUGGUUAUCAGCACCACUCUGGACAAGGGCCACCCGAUGAUUGUCGAGAAGUUGGGGGAGCAUCCAAUGGCCGUAGCUGCCUUGUAUUCAUUUCUGCUCGAUCGACACCAGGCUUCCGACAUUGAUGGUGCUUUCACUGUGAAUAUACUCAAGUUGCUUUCCCAUUUCGUGACUAUGGAUGAAGAUGUGCUUCAGAAGACGAAUGUUGCCAAGUUGCUACCUAGAUUCGUCAAGAAAGGCGGACCAGCAGUUAAAGGGCUGGCCCAAAAAGUCCUGGACAACGCCGCUGCAUCCACCAAACGAAAGCUUGAGGCUGUAAAAUCCGGGCCCAAAGAAGGGUCUCCUACUAAGGGUUCGAUGGCCGAUGCGGCCGCCGUAGAUGGACGUGGCGACUUGGCUGGAUCCAAGAGGGUCCGGGAAGGUGAAGGAAACGGACAGCCCGCCACUAAGCGGAUGGUUGUCACCUCCAACCCUAAGGUGCUUUCGAAGCCUGGCAAUCCUGGGGCCCCUGCCGUUGCCAAGCGGCAGGAGGUAGCACAGGAGAACAAACCGGCUCCAGCCAAUGCAGCCCGCCCCAAAGCCAACAUCAUUGCUCCCAAGCCCACCAGCCUUUUUGGAAGUUUGAGUUCCGCCUCGAAGAGACCCGGAACGUCCAACGCAGAACGGGCUGCUGCCGCUGCCGCCGCGGCGAAAUCAAGCACUCCUGCUGAGAAGAAGGAAGCCCCCCCAAGGCCUACCUUUUCCUUUGGCGAUUUGAUGGCGGAUCUGAACAAGCAGAAGGAGCCCGCCCCUGCACAGCCUGCAGAGGAUCGCCCCCCAGAAACGGAGGAGGAACGGAAGAAGAGGCUGCGCAAGGAGGCACGACGGAAGUUGCGCGUCACCUGGAAGCCGGACGCACAACUCACCGAAGUUCGCCUGUUCACGCACGACCCCGAAGAAGAACUCGGGCCCGGCGAUCACCUGCAACGAGAGGCAGGAGAUGUCAAGGGCGAGGGUAGUGUACUCAAACUCCACAGAGACCUCGACGAUGACGAGGAUGAUGAUGGUGGCAUCCGUGAAGAGCAAUUGCUUGAAUAUUAUGAGCCAACCGAAAUCGACAAUGGAGAGAUCACUCCCGACGAUCGCGCUAGAAACUUUAUCAAGCGCGGUGGCACCCAGGAGCCGGAAAGUCCCGAAAAGAAAGCCCAAGAGCAUCGCGAAGCAACGACGCUUAUGGUUUUCUAUACCUCGCCCGCAGACGUACCGUCGACGCCCAAGGAGCCUCCUCCCCCAGAGGCAGAAGAGGCCGCGCCGGAAGUGGUGUUUUUCGGAGAGUUACCCGAUCAUGUCAAGGCCCGACAGGAGCGAUACUUUGCAAUGGUCAACCCUCAACCAGCACCUGCUCCUCAGAGUGCACCCAACAGCCAGUUCGAUAUUACCAACCUCUUGAAAAUCAUUCAAAAUGCACCUCAGCAGCAAACAACCCCACCGCCACCGCCACCGCAAGCUGCACCGGCGCCCAUGUCCGAUCUUGAGCGGACAUUCAGCAUGUUCCGCCAGCAGCCUCCACAACAACCGCCGCCGCCUCAGGCCCCUCUAGUACCGAUACCCCAAUUUCCCCCCGCGCCCCAGCCGGCUGCUCAGGGUCUUGAUUUCCAGAAACUUCUGUCGAUCAUAAAUGCGCAAAAACAGAUGCAGCCCGCACCUAUGAUCCCCCAGGUCCAGCCAUCACAGCCUAAUAUCGCUCCUAAUCUGGCCGCCAUCAUCUCCCAACUUGCUGGUCAAAACCAGCCCGGUGCCGCCAAUGGACCUGUGCCAUCUGGCCACUACGAGGAUCCGGAACGUAAGCGCAUGCGCGAAACCGGCGGGCUUGAUGGAGCCGAGGACGAGAGGUUCAAUCCUGCCAAGCGGAACCGGUCGAAUGACCCGACCAAGAAGCACCCCAAAGCCGGAUUGGUUCCGUGUCGGUACUGGCGCGAAGGCAAAUGCCGCAAAGGCGACGAGUGCACGUUUCGCCAUGAUCCUCUGAACUAAUGCUCCUCUUUUCUUUCUCCUGAUACCCAACUUUGGCCCUCAUUCGUUUAUAACUCUCUGUAUUUCGACUUGCCCGUAUCUCAGCAUCUCCUUACUGUUGUACAUUGACCCUGCAUGUGUUGCAUUGUCA